AUGGCGAGAGGAGGCCCCGAGACAAUGCCGGAGAGGUCAUCCUCCACCAAGGGUCACCCUCCACCAAGGAUCACCCUCCACCAAGGGUCACCCUCCACCAAGGGUCACCCUCCACCAAGGGUCAACCUCCACCAAGGAUCACCCUCCACCAAGGGUCAUCCUCCACCAAGGAUCACCCUCCACCAAGGGUCACCCUCCACCAAGGAUCACCCUCCACCAAGGGUCACCCUCCACCAAGGGUCACCCUCCACCAAGGGUCAUCCUCCACCAAGGAUCACCCUCCACCAAGGGUCACCCUCCACCAAGGAUCACCCUCCACCAAGGGUCACCCUCCACCAAGGAUCACCCUCCACCAAGGGUCACCCUCCACCAAGGGUCACCCUCCACCAAGGGUCACCCUCCACCAAGGGUCACCCUCCACCAAGGGUCAUCCUCCACCAAGGGUCAUCCUCCACCAAGGAUCACCCUCCACCAAGGGUCACCCUCCACCAAGGGUCACCCUCCACCAAGGGUCACCCUCCACCAAGGGUCACCCUCCACCAAGGGUCACCCUCCACCAAGGAUCACCCUCCACCAAGGGUCACCCUCCACCAAGGGUCACCCUCCACCAAAGGUCAUCCUCCACCAAGGGUCAUCCUCCACCAAGGAUCACCCUCCACCAAGGGUCACCCUCCACCAAGGGUCACCCUCCACCAAGGGUCACCCUCCACCAAGGAUCACCCUCCACCAAGGGUCAUCCUCCACCAAGGGUCACCCUCCACCAAGGGUCAUCCUCCACCAAGGAUCACCCUCCACCAAGGGUCACCCUCCACCAAGGGUCACCCUCCACCAAGGGUCACCCUCCACCAAGGAUCACCCUCCACCAAGGGUCACCCUCCACCAAGGGUCAACCUUAGUGGAGGAACACAUCACAAGGAGGAACACAUCACAAGGAGGAACACAUCACAAGGAGGAACACAUCACAAGGAGGAACACAUCACAAGGAAGAACACAUGUCAAGACAGGGAAGAAUAUAUACCAGGAAGAACAUUCACUAUGGAUGAACAUCCACCAGGGGAGAAAGCUUCCACCAGGAAAGAACAUCCAGAAAUAAGAACAUACACAAAAUAA